ACACUUAUGAUGUUAACUCCAUCCAUUUUCGGUUAAGACAGAGUUGUGGGUCAAAGCUUUCAGGGCAUGGAGGGUUUUUUUUUUUAUUAUUAUUAUUUAAUAUUAAGUUUUGUCUGUAAUUGAUAAUUUGGGUGAAAAAAAGACAUUAAUUCACCUUGAUAGAAAAGGAUUAAACUUAAUUAAAAAUGAAAUAAAGCAGAUUCCAUUUCCAUCUUAGCCUUGAUAGGCUCUGCUGUUGCUACACAAUAAUAAAACACUUUUUAUUAUCAACAAAUAAAUUACCAUCAGGUAUUUCUUCCACCUUUUUAUAUUUAAAUCAUCUCCUUUUCAGAUUCUCUUUCAGGAACACAACACAGAGAAAGAGAAAAGGAAACGAGUAGAAGAAAAAUGGAGCUGACCCAGGUAGGGUUCUUGGAGGAACUACUGGCUCCAAGAAGAGAAAGCUGGACUACUUUUGUUAGUGGCUUAACCGAGUUCUUCCCCAAUGGAUCAUGGAGUUUUGAUUCUCUUGAAGAUAAUCCAACUCUGGCUUCUCCAAAUAAUCCUUCAAUGGCGGGAUUUGAGUCCAGCUUUGAAUGCCCUUUUAGUGACCAAACUUACCCUUGUUUUGUUGAUGGGUUUACAGUGCCAGAGAUUGAAUCUUCCCCCUUUCCAGCUCAGGAAGAUUACCCAUCAAUGGCGGAUCAUGAUGAUGAGCUAGUUCUUCUCAGUCACCAUCACCACCCCGAUCACAGCUUGGAAGAAAGACAAAGUACCUGCAAAGUGGAGAUGGAACAGAGCAGCAACAAUGUGCAGGUUUUCAACAUGGGUUUGUGUGGAGGUGAGAAGAAGAUCAACAAGAGCAAAAAGCUUGAAGGGCAGCCUUCUAAGAAUUUAAUGGCGGAGAGGAGGAGGAGAAAAAGAUUGAAUGACAGGCUCUCCAUGCUCAGAUCAAUUGUCCCUAAGAUCAGCAAGAUGGACAGAACAUCUAUUCUUGGAGACACCAUAGAUUACAUGAAAGAGCUAAUGGAGAAAAUCAACAAGCUGCAAGAAGAGAAAUCUGAAAUGGGUUUCAAUCAAAUCAACUUAAUAACCAAUCUUAAGGAGCUCAAACCAAGUGAAUCAAUGGUGAGAAACUCUCCCAAGUUUGAUAUAGAGAGAAGAGAAAUGGAUACUCGGAUUGAUAUCUGCUGUGCAACCAAGCCAGGACUCUUGCUCUCAACUGUGGGCACAUUAGAAGCUCUAGGACUUGAAAUUCAACAAUGUGUCAUUAGUUGCUUCAAUGAUUUUUCACUGCAAGCUUCCUGUUCAGAGGUUGCAGAGCAAAGGACAUUGGUGAGUCCUGAAGAUAUAAAGCAAGCAUUGUUCAGAAAUGCAGGGUAUGGAGGAAGAUGUCUGUAGAAUUCAGAAAAAGAAAAAUUGCAAGAAAAAGAAAAUAAAAGAUUGCUUGCUUAGCAGAAACUAAGGAGAUGAUGAUGUGUUGAGUUUUUUUCUUCAAGGAAUAUUUUGCAAGUGAGAGUUGUAAUAAUCUUGUCUCUUUUUUUUUUUUAAUAAGUUAUUAUUCAUUCAUCACAUCCUUCUCAUAGGACACAUUAUGGAGUAUCUGCCUUCCAA